AUGUCAUCCGAACCCAAACCCCUCCCUUUCAUCUACCAAUUCGCCGCGGGAGCCGUAGCGGGCGUCUCCGAGAUCCUGGUUAUGUACCCCCUCGACGUCGUCAAGACCCGCGUGCAAAUUCAAGGCAGUGUCCCCGUCCCAGGCCAAGACCACUACACGGGGAUGGUAGAUUGUUUCCGCAAGAUCAUUGCGAAUGAGGGAGCCUCCCGCCUCUACCGCGGCAUCACCGCCCCGAUCCUCAUGGAAGCCCCCAAACGCGCCACCAAAUUCGCCGCCAACGACGAAUGGGGCAAAUUCUACCGCAACCUCUUCUCCAUCCCCAAAAUGACCCAAUCCCUCUCCAUCCUCACCGGCGCCUCGGCAGGAGCAACCGAGGCCUUUGUCGUCGUACCAUUCGAGCUCGUCAAGAUCCGCUUACAAGAUAAGGCGCAGAGUCACAAGUACACGGGGAUGAUUGAUUGUGUGACGAAGAUUGUGAGGCAGGAGGGGUUAUUGGCUAUGUAUCAGGGGCUGGAGAGUACGGUUUGGCGACACGUGCUGUGGAAUUCGGGGUAUUUCGGUUGUAUUUUCCAGGUUCGCGAACUCUUACCUAAGAACCCGACGAAGGAUAAGGGGACACAAAUCCGGAAUGAUUUGAUCAGUGGGGCGGUCGGAGGGACCGUGGGCACGAUGCUGAAUACACCUAUGGAUGUUGUCAAGAGCCGAAUUCAGAAUUCUCCUGUGGUUGCCGGGGGGGUGAGGAAAUAUGGGUGGGCUUUCCCGGCGCUGGGGACGGUGUUUAGGGAGGAAGGGUUCGGGGCGUUGUAUAAGGGAUUCUUACCCAAGGUGUUGAGAUUAGGGCCUGGAGGGGGGAUUUUGCUGGUGGUGUUUACGGGGGUCAUGGACUUUUUCCGGGGGAUGAGGGGGGAGGCUUAG